AUGCUGCGCGGUCUGGUACGGUUCCUGGCGCUUCCUCCGCCCGCUGUGCGCUGCAAAUCCACUGCCAAUCUGGACUACUCCCGCUUUCCCACGCUCCAGGAGUCCGAGAUCGAGGAGACCUUCAUGCGCGGCAGUGGUCCAGGUGGCCAGGCGGUAAACAAGACCUCCAACUGCGUAUUCCUGCGCCACCUGCCCACCAACAUAACCAUUAAGUGUCACACUCAUCGACUAGCAUCCAAAAACCGGGUGGAGGCCCGGAAAAUGCUGCUGGAGAAACUUGAUGUACAUCUUAAUGGGGAGCAUUCAAUUACGGCGCAGAUCAAGGCCCAAGAGCAGCGAAAAUCGACGGAGCGGCGACGUCGGCAGGGCAAACUACAGGAGAUGAAGAAAAGCUGGCAGGAUAGAGAGCGCACAGAUGGAGGAAUCGAAUCCACUGAUAAAUAGUCAAUAUAAAUACUUUUAUACCAACAUAAAA